CUAGUAGAAUAGAUGUUUCGACUUUCAUGACGUCGGUGCUUGCGGAGCAUCGUAGACCAGUUGAAUCUUGACGUAAACCGUGGCGCCAGCAUAAACCCCAGUUUUUCAACCAAUACUCACACUAUAUAUACCUAUGCAUCAUGCAUCUGUGUGUUAGUAUAUACUAGAAAGAAAGUUGCCAGUUGAUAAUCGAAGGUAGACGAUGAGAGGGAACUUAGGUACUGAAUAUGGCUGUUGAAGCAGUGGGGAUACCGCAAGUGAAUCUAGGAAACCAGGGACUUCAGGUCUCGAAAUUGGGUUAUGGCUGUACGGGGCUCACUGGAAUCUACAAUUCUCCAGUCUCUGAAGAAGAUGGCAUUGCAUUACUUAAGCACCCCUUUAGCAAAGGAAUCACUUUCUUUGAUACAUCAGAUGUUUAUGGGGCUGACCACGCAAACGAAAUACUAGUGGGAAAGGCAUUAAAGCAGUUGCCACGAGAAAAGAUCCAAUUAGCAACAAAAUUUGGAGUCGUGAGAUUUGACCCUGCUGGGUUGGUUGUUAAGGGUACAGCUGAAUAUGUGCGUUCCUGUUGUGAGGCUAGCUUGAAGCGGCUUGGUGUGGACUACAUCGAUCUCUACUAUGUACACCGGAUUGACACAUCAGUACCUAUUGAGGAAACUAUGGGGGAACUUAAGAAAUUAGUGGAGGAGGGUAAAAUAAGAUACAUUGGAUUAUCAGAAGCGAGCCCAAAUACAAUAAGGAGGGCGCACGCUGUUCAUCCUAUCACUUCUGUACAAAUGGAGUACUCCCUUUUGACACGCGACAUCGAGGAGGAAAUAAUCCCAAUUUGCAGGGAACUUGGAAUUGGGAUAGUUCCGUAUUCCCCCACUGGUCGUGGUUUUUUUGGUGGCAAGGCUGUUGUAGGGAGUCUCCCUGCAAAUAGCUCCUUGCAAUCACAUCCUAGGUUUACCGGGCAGAAUUUAGAGAACAACAAGAUCUUCUAUAUUCGUAUAGAAGAGUUGGCUAAAAAGCAUGGCUGCAGCCCUGUUCAACUCGCUCUUGCAUGGGUUCUUCAAGGGGAUGAUAUGGUUCCUAUUCCUGGAACAACAAAGAUUAAAAACCUUGACGAGAAUAUUGGUGCUCUGGGAGUGAAGCUGACUAAAGAUGAUGCACAACAGAUUUCCGAUGCAGUGCCGAUACUUGAGGUGGCAGGGCCGAGAACAUAUGAAAGUUUCCUCCAUGUCUCGUAUCAUUUUGCAGACACUCCGUUGCCAAAGGAUGUGAAGUGAUCUCUGCUUUGUGUGUUAGCUGCCUGAUCAACUCAGUGUGUUUCCUUUUCUCAGAAGUACUAAAAUAAAAUAUCUGUAAACUCCAAAUAAGAUUUCUGAUGCGAUUCAUGCGAAUGCAUAUUUUCUCUAAAGAUUUGGACAUAGUGAAAUGAAAAACGUCGACUCCGACUCCCGUGGUUAAAAA